AUGGGAUCGGUUGUCAUCAAUCACUCGCGGUCGGAACAGAUUGACAGCUCCUACACCAUGCUGGGAGGCGCCAUCAAUCCCUCGGAAUCCGUGAUUUAUCGCUCUUCGUCGCACGCUCAGCACGCUCAGCACGCUCAGCCACUAUCGUCCCAGUCCAGAUCCUCGUCCGCGACCACCACCCCCACCUCGACCACGGCCCCGCCAUCAACGGGUUCUGCUCGCCUACCAGGACCGCAUGAUGUUGUGCCGGCCUACAUCCACCGUCAAUCUCACUCCAACUCCCUGCCCUCCACGCGGGCGUCUUCCACCACCUCUGGGCCAACCUAUACCCCUCCCCAUCCUUCGGUCUCAAUGAGCUCGAAUACCUCCAGCCAUGCUUCUCAUCGCGACGCUCCCUCCUUCUCCUCCCAUUCCACCCCAUAUAAUAACGAUGACAAUAAUUACGCCCAACAGUUUGGACAUGGCAACCAGAUUGUCACCGACUCGGCGGCGGUCGCGUCCUCCAGCCACGCGUCUCCCUCGUCGCCGCGGUUGAAGCCGACCUUCCAGUCGCUGCGCUCUCUCGGCGGAUCCGAGGCCAGCUCGCCGAGCCGCAUCAAGGUCCGCGAUCUGUCCCACAUUCAGAGCUUUGCGAGCGAGGAAUUCCUCGCGCAGCCGCAGCCGAGCCAGGUCGCUGGGUCCUGGUCGCAGGAGCGCCAGUACGAGAUCAGUUCCAUGCCGGUCACGGAUAUCAUCGAGAUGGUUGCCGGCCUGCUGACCAAGAUCACCUCGACCAACGACAUGCACCACGAGCAGGUGCACCGACACAUCCCACCUCCCGAUAGUACGGCCAAUCUCAGCCCACAGGCCACGAGCGUCCUGGCCUUCCAUGGCAAGAACGUCCCGAGCAUCUCCAUCCUCAGCUAUCUCACCCGCAUCCAUAAAUACUGUCCCACCACCUACGAAGUGUUUCUCAGUCUACUGGUCUACUUCGAUCGCAUGACCGAACUGGUCAACAAGGGACAGCUUGAUCGGCUGCGACAUCGCUGGGGUCGAGGAUCUACCGUUCAGACCGAGGAAUCAUCCCGAUCGGGAAUGUCGGAAUCGAGCUCAACGGGCCAACAGGCACAACCGUCCCCGAUGGUGACCCCGCCGUCGUCGACGGGGAUGCGGGCGCAAGAUCCGAAGAGUCCUUCCUCAAUAUCACCAUCUCUCUAUCCCCAGGAUGAGGAGGAUGGCCUAUCCCAUUUCUUUGUCGUCGACAGUUUUAACAUUCAUCGGCUGGUCAUCGCGGGCGUGACCUGUGCCAGUAAAUUCUUUUCUGAUGUCUUUUAUACUAAUUCUCGAUACGCAAAGGUCGGCGGCCUCCCGCUGGUGGAACUCAACCAUCUCGAGCUCCAAUUCCUCCACCUGAACGACUUCCGCCUCUCCAUCGCCGUCGAAGAACUCGAAGCCUACGGCACCAUGCUCGUGGAAUUCUAUGCCCGCGAGAUCAUCGCCCAGCAGCAACAGCAACAGCAGGCCCAACCCCACCCCAUCAAUCCCUCGGCCUCAGACCCCCACGCGGACACAAUGUAUAUGCGCUCCCACGAGAAACACCGCGCCACGCCCCCAGAGCCCCGACAAACCUCCACCCCGCCAUAG